AUGAGUGAUACGUCAUCGGUGCAGCUGAGAGUUUUAAAAAUGACCUUUAUUUGGUUCGAGAUAAGGUGGGGAUUACGCCAACUCACCCGGUGGACGCCGGGAGGGCGCGGGGUAUCGACCGCGCGCCUCCCUGUCAGACGCGACCCAGCGCGCGGCUGCGAUGCACACGCGGGGGAAAAUGCCCAGCACACACUCGCAAUGUGUUGGCGACAAGUGUCAAAAUUGCAAAAGACUUUCCUCAUAGUGCUUACGUACUUGACGAUCUAUCUGCUAGUUUCGUACGCUCUCACGCCCGACACGCGAAUGAUGUUCGUGCGGGACGAAAUGAGAAUCGGUGAUAAGUUCGCGUUUGUUUACGUUGCCGCACGAGCGCCGGUCUUCACUGACACCGAAGGCGCUGCGGUGUUCCAAGGAUGCGGCAACUGCUACCUGACCAAUAACAAGGGCUUUCUGCCCAUAAGUGAAUACGAUGCGGUUCUCGUGCACGGCGACAGAAGCCUCUUAAUGGACGCGGCCUUCAUGGAUCCAGCGAAGCGGUAUCUAUUGGAGAGCUCGCACGAAUGCAUCACCAGCAAGUUCAAGAAGUGCCGGCGGGAGCCAAAGAUAACCUCGUUUAGCAGUAAGGAGAGUUACGACUUAUGCAGUCUCUGCGAGAGCCUUCUCAAAAAGCGCCUUUGA